AUGGCCCUCAGAGUGCUCCUGAAAGGCCGGCUCUUCGCGAAGCAAGGGUGGAUCUUCACGAACGACUACGCGGAGACGGACGAUCGCGGGCUGCCGCGGCCGCACGUCUUCACGCUCGGCGCGGGGGAAGUCAUCGAUGGGCUCGACGUCGGGUGCCUGGGACUGCGCGAGGGCGGCGUGCGAAGAGUCGUCGCGUCUCCUCCGGCGUCGUACCGGGACAAGGCGCAGCCGAUCCCGAGGGACUUUAGCAACCGGCAGAGGCUGUGGACGACGGUGUUUAACCCGACGCGGAUCGCGAACGGGGAGGGGGACACGCUGAGCACGACGGUGUGGGACGUCGAGCUCGUGCGCGUGACGAAGAAGAAAGGAGGGGACGGGGGCGGGAGGGACGCCGACGCGAACGCGAACGACGACGACGCGUUUUCGUUGCCGUUGUCGCGGCAAGCCGCGCUAUUAUCGUAGUCGCGCAGAAAACGUGCGUACUGUAUUCUAUUCUACGGCUAAUUAAUUAAUUA